AUGGCCAAUCCACCAAUUCAGCUGUCUCUCCAGACUGACCAAAGUACCGCCAGUCUAACACCACCAGUGACUCCCACAGCCAAGGAAAACCGUCCAAACCCAUUCCAGACAAAACCCAAGGAAAAGGACCAGCCAUGCACAACCUACUUCACCGACGACCUCGAAAUCUGCCGUGACUCCAAUGACCGCCAAAUCGAGUUCGGCAGAGGAGUCUGGAGCACAGUAUACAAAGCCCGCUCAACACCCUCCCAGCCAUUCCUAGGAACACCACCCAGCUCCCCGGUAACUGCCGCACAAGUUCUCGCCGUAAAAGCACCAUUGCGCCGAGACGCACGCCCAGUCCUCAAAGCCGAGGCUGCAACACUCACUCGCCUCACCCACAUCAAUGGCCAUGAGCUGCACAUCGUCCCAUACCACGGUUUCCACACAGAACUAUGCGCCCUCGUUCUAUCAGCCAUCCCUCUGUCCCUGGCAACAUACACAGAAGACCAAGCUGAACUUGCGCGCAAACGAACAGGGUUGAAAACAAUGUUCGAGCCCGUCCAAGGGACAGAGGCCUUCAAAGAACUCGCGAAAAAGUUGAUCACAGGCCUAAACUGGCUGCACGACACAGCAGGCGUUGUCCAUGGCGAUAUCAAGCCGCAGAAUAUUCUCCUGCGCGAAUCUCACGGGCCAUUCCCGUUCGAGCCGCUAUUCAUUGAUUUCAGCGCCACUGUCGAAAUCACCAGCGAUGACGAACCACUCGAUACGACGCGCGCGUCUAUGUCCUCGUUCACCCCGCCUUUCACGGCACCGGAGAUGCUUGCUUCGCUGAUGUGUAGUGAGAUGGCGCCGACUGCUGCGUCGGAUGUGUUUUCGCUUGCGGCGACGCUGUUGGCUGUUGCGACGGGGGAUUUGUUGUUGUAUUCGAAUAUGAAUCAUCGGCUUAGGCUUGAGAUGGCCAGGGCUGGGCAUCAGAUUAUUGAUUUCACGCGCGGGGGAAUGAGUGGGUGUAGGGUGCCGAAGAAUGGGUUUGUUGAGAGGAUUGUUAAGCCUGCUGUUGUUAAGGAUCCGAAGAUGAGGAUUGCGACGGCGGAUUGGGUCAAGCUUUUGUCUGAGGUUUGA